AUGUCAAUUGCAGAUUUUGCUGAGAAAAUUUAUGUCGAACUAGACAAAAUGGGAUUGCAUUAAUCAAGUAUACGAGUAGACAUAUCUGAAAUUAUUGAUUUUGCUUUUAGAAUCUAAGUAUGUGAUAUUAUUCCUAUAAAUUAAGUAUGAGAAGGAAGAUAUUGAAAAAAAACUAUAAACAGAGAUUGAUAGAUUGUUAAUUCAAUUAUCAUAAAAAUAAACAUGUUUAGUAAAUUAAACAAGUAUUUAUUCAUAUUUACAGAAGAAUAGGUGAUCUUUGAUUUUGAGAAGAUAGAACUUCUUCUUUAUGAAAAAAAUGAAUAUAAAUUGUUGCAUGAUUGUAUUGAUUUUAUUAAGGCAUGCAAACUGAACUUUUAAAAACGUAAUAUAUAGAAUUGGGAUUCAGAAUAAAUUUCAGAUGAUGGUACUUUUUCUAUGAUUAAAUUAUAGCAUUUCUAUGUUCAAAUUCAUUAAAUAUGCAAAAAACUAUAUUAUUUGCUUAAGAGAAUAAAAAAUUACAGGAAAUUAUUUAAAAUAUCAAUAAGAGUUCAAUUUCAUUAAGUUAAAAAGAACAAUUAGUAUACAACAUAAUUAAAUCAUAAACAAAAACAUAAUCUCCUAAAUAACAUGUAAUUCUAGAUGUAAUUUAAUUUAAAUGAUAUUAGGAUGUACUUAAUAUUAGUUAUUAACCUAAUAAUAAAAAAGGAAAUAUUAGUAUUUUAUCAAGUAUUUAAUUUCCUGAUUAAAUAAAUACAAAAUUAAAUAAAUUAGGAGACAAGAUUUUACUUCUUACAAAUGAAGGAUUUAAAGAUUGUGCUUCACCAAAGUUCUAAUUCUCUUCAUUAAGUCCUAUCAAGCCGCUAUAAGAAAUAAAAGAAAAAUCUAUAAAAUCACAUAGAUCUUCAUUAAUUUUAGGGUCAUUCUAAAAUACAGAAAAUAAGUCUUAAUAACAAUUUAUUAUACCAAGAAUUUAAAUUGAAAAACUUGAUGAUUUAAAAGAAAAAGAUAAUACAGAUUACAAAGAGAUCAAUAAAAAAUAUGGAAACUUCAAUUCAUAAGAUAAUAAUAAAUCAACCAAUAUGCAUACUAAUAAGAAGAAAAACCCAAAAUAAUUAUCAUUAUUUGAAAAACAAUCCUUCUACGAUGGAAGUACUUUCAUAAACAUAGUUUCAAAUAUCCCAAGAAGUAAAGAAACUAAAGACACAGAUAAUAGAAGAAGUGAUUCUUAAAAAUCUAGAGAACGAAAUCAAACAUUUCAUUGUGGACAACCUUAAUAAAGUAAAUUUCUUAGAGAAUUAAUGCAAAAAGUUUAUUCUAGAAAUAAUCCAAUCAAAAAACCCUACAAGAUUAGUGAAUUUGAAAAAAAAUAAUUAAGUCUUUUAAGUAAUAUAUAUAUAAUAUUAAUAGUUGGAAAGGCUAAAAAAUAAAAAUCAUUGCAUUGUUGA